AGCGAGCAGCGGAGCCAGAGGAGAUGCCCAAGUUCAACUUUCGGGAGAGGAGGGAGUUUGGGGAUCAGUUUGUGCAGUUCCUAAAAGACACAGGCAGAGAAGCUGUGAGCAGCCGUGAGGCACUGAGGACCAUCUACAAUGUGGAGUUCAGGACCAGGAAUGAUACAAAGACGCCCAACUUCUCCUCCAUCCUGUUCACACUGGGCCAGAGCGGCCGGGCCGAGGUGCGGGGAGACUUUGUGCGCUUCGGGAAGGUGAAAAAGAAAGUGAAGUUUAGAGAUCAGUACUGGACACCCAGGCCAGAGGAGCCCCCCACGGACAACCAGCAGGCGGGCACCGAUCAGCCUCCCCGCAGAGGACGCGCCAAGGAGAGAGCGGAGUUCAUCGGUGGGAAACACGGGGUGGAGAUUCUCUCUGAGCACGACCGGGGGAACGGGCGCAUCCGCUUCCCCGUCACGCCCAACGAGCCCGCAACAGUCAGCAUUUGGGUUCAGAACAACGGCGCAGAGGAAGUGACGCUGCUAGGGUACAGGGCGCUUCGGAAGCAGCGCGAGUUCACCUUCCACGAUGAGAGCAAGGUGACCAGACAGCAGCCCCGGGUGUUGCAGCCAGGAGACUCUUACUCGAUCGAGGCGCGGUGCCUGACUCAGCACUAUGGUUACUAUCCUGUCACUGUGCUGUUCGAGUUCACCAAGGAGCAGGACGGGCCCUUCAGCAUCGGGCGGUUCGUGUCAGCCGUAGCCAACAGCCGGCUGGCUGAGGAGCUGGGGCCCACUGCACCAUACAGGCCUUACCAGGCCAACCUGAGGAAGACGGUCACAUUCAUCACAGAGGAUGGCGUCCCUCCCGACAGCUCCCAGCACCCCGAGCUUAAGCAGCUGAUCCCGCUGGGCUUCUACAACUACCCGAAGGACCUGCAGGACAUGGUCAGGAUAACCUCUGGCUGGCACUGGCCCUGCAGGAAGUCCCUGGCGGCCGAGCUUCAGUUUGAGAACUACCAGGAGAAGUUCCAGCUGCUGCUGCACCUGGAGGAGCUCCAGAUGGAGGUGGACAUCCGGCGCUAUGAUAUGCAGGACGUCCCGAUGGUGAAGGACACUCAGAACAAGAGGCUGCUCAUCCUGGAGGUCCCCGGCGUGGCAGAGAACCGCCCGUCCGUGCUGAGGGGCGAUCACCUGUUUGUCACCCGGAGCGAGCAGCGCACCUUGCCCCAGCUCGUCCAGUACAAGGGCUACGUGCACGCCGUGGAGCUGGAGAGGGUCAAGUUGGGCUUCUCCCCCAACCUGCUGGCGAGCUUCGUGAAUAACCUGAAGUUCGAUGUGAUCUUUACCUUCAACCGGCUGCCGCUGCGGGUGCAGCACCGGGCCGUGGAGCUAGCCAAGAAGAGGAACCUGGGCGAUGUCCUCUUCCCGUCCUUCUCAUACAGAGAGUCUCUCCUCCACGAGGGAGGCCGGCUCAAGCUGUUUGACCGGAACCUGGAGACCAACCAGGAGCAGUACGAUGCUGUGCAGCAGAUCGUGACAGGGAUGUCCAGGCCGGCACCAUACAUCAUCUUCGGGCCGCCAGGGACCGGCAAGACCGUCACCAUGGUGGAGGCCAUCAAACAGGUGGUCACGUGCAUCAAGGACUCCCAUGUCUUGGCCUGUGCACCCUCCAACAGCGCCUCGGACCUGCUCUGCCAGCGCCUGCUGAAACACCUGGACAAGGGCAGCAUCUAUAGGAUCAACGCCAGCAGCAGGGACUAUCGCCAGGUGCCGGAGGAGAUCAAGCCCUGCUGUAACUGGGACGAUGCCCAGCAGUGCCACGUGUACCCAAGCAAGGAGAAGCUGCAGCACUACCGGGUCAUCAUCACCACCCUGGUGACAGCAGGACGGCUGGUAACGGCCCAGUUCCCUGACGGCCAUUUCUCCCACGUCUUCAUCGACGAGUGCGGCCACGCGGUGGAGCCGGAGUGCCUGGUUGCCAUCGCAGGAAUUCUGACAACGAUGGACCGGGAGACCAACACCAAUGGGGGGCAGCUGGUGUUGGCGGGCGAUCCCAAGCAGCUGGGUCCGAUCCUGAGGUCCCCACUGGCCAUCGAACAUGGGUUAGAGGUCUCGCUGCUGGAGAGGCUCAUGAAGCACAACUCCCUGUACCAAAAGGGAGCCGAGAGCUACGACCCGCAGUUCGUCACCAAGUUACUGCGGAACUACAGGUCCCACGCCGCCCUCCUUGAGAUCCCCAACCAGGAGUUCUACGACGGGGAGCUACAGGAGUGUGCUGACCGCCUCAUCAGCUAUUCCUACUGCACCUGGGAGGAGCUGCCUACGCAGGGCUUCCCGAUCAUCUUCCACGGAGUGUCCGGGGAGGACCAGCGAGAGGGUAACAGCCCCUCGUUCUUCAACACGUUGGAGGUCGAAGCCCUGGUCACCUACCUCAAGAAACUGCUGCAGAGUCAGGGCAAGCGGGGCCGCUCCAGGAUCUCCCCCAAGGAGAUCGGUAUCAUCUCCCCCUACAGGAAGCAGGUAGAGAAGAUCAGACAAGCCAUCACCAAAAAGGAUGGAGACCUGAUGAAGCUCCCAGACAUCAAGGAGCUGAAGGUGGGCUCCGUGGAGGAGUUCCAGGGCCAGGAGCGGCGUGUGCUCCUCAUCUCCACCGUGCGCAGCUGCACCGAGUACCUCAGCAUGGACGAAGAUUUCAAACUGGGCUUCCUCAAGAACCCCAAGAGGUUCAAUGUGGCCAUCACCAGAGCCAAGGCUCUGUUAAUAAUCGUGGGCAACCCGACUGUGCUCAGCAAGGAUCCUCACUGGAACACGUUUCUCAGGUACUGUACAGCGAAGGGUGGCUACACGGGGUACCCCUACGCUGAAGAGAGCCCGGAAGAGGAUGCCCUUCUGGAGGAGCUUAGCUCCCUUCGCUUGAGCACGCAGUCAGCAGGGAACCAGCUCGGGGAGAGCCACAUCCAGCAGCAAGUGGAGCCAGCGUGGAGACACGAGCACUGAGGCAUCGCCUGCAGUUCAUCCUACUGCCAUGUCAGCACCAGCAGGGCAUCUCCUCCCUCACUCAGCAACUGCCCUUUGCCCUCUGUCUGGUCCCCUCAGCCACCUCGCUCGCUGCCGGGGGCUUUCCAAGCGCACAGGGGUGGGGCAGAGGAGGGGAACGGUGCAGGGACUGAACUGGGAGCAUAGCUCCGACUCUACCCACUAUCCCAACGCCCACCUCUCACAUGGACCCAGCCCCGUCUCCUACCCAUUAGCCUGGCACCCACCUCUGCCCUAGUCUGGUCUAUGUAGGCUCCUCCCUGUAGGAUCUGGGCCCAGCCCUGGGGCCCGCUCGCUAACCUGAGCCACUGCGAUUGUGUAACUCUUGGAAGCACAAGGGCAGCUCGAGACGGAAACUGCUCUGCUUGGCCGUGUGAGGGGUUUGUUUGCACCGUCUCUCCCCGUCCCCUCUCUGGCCACUGUGGGGAAGGGGAGCCGCAGCAGGAAGCCCUGCCUGUUUGCCGGCAUUGCCACACAAUGGUUUAAACGAUUUUACAUCCAAUUUUUGGGAAAAGACUCUUUUUUAAAAAAAAAAAAAAAAAUUCCCACUGCGUGGCGAAUCUGACCGGCCCAAACCAGCCCUGCAGAAACCAGCGACGCUGCGACGGAGAGACAGCCUCCACCUUGGAUCACGUUUUCCACACAUGGAGACCGGCUUUUGAAAAUCAAAUCAUUGUAAUAACAUUCCCAGCUACUGGUCAACCGAACACUCUCCUCCGAACUAGAGCCGUUUCCAGAGCCCAGCUGCAGGGCCUGGAGCCGCUGCCAAGUGGCUGGCUACAGCCCUGCUCAGGUGUUGCUGUGACACUGACUAACUGCUGGUUAGCACAUGGGGACCAGCUGGGCUGUAGCUCCCUGGCCA